AUGUGGAACUUUUCGAAAGUAAUGCAAAACCUGAACACAGCGGAAAAGUGUGUGGCAUUUGCGGAGGAAAAUGGCCUUGUGUUGCGUUCCAGACUCUGUCGCACCCACAGGACCCACAUGAAACUACAAGCUAGAGGAAACGAUUCUUUGGGUACCUUUAGGUGCAGUAAGGGACAGUGGAAGAGGAAGUCAGGAGUGUCCAGAGCUACUGGAACGUGGUUCGAGCAAUGCAAAAUAUCGCUGCCACACAUUUUUUACCUUAUGUAUGCAUUUGCGCACCGGUGGUCGCACGAAAAUGUACGCUUCGAAAACUAUUUGGAGGGAUCCUGUCUUUCGACAGCCACCAUUUGCGACUGGUAUAAUUACUGCCGUGAGGCGAUAAGUUUAUACCAGAUUGACAGGCAGGAGUCGGUGGAUAGGAUUGGGGGUCCUGGAAAAGUCGUACAAAUUGACGAAAGUAAAUUUGGCAAGCGGAAGUAUAAUAAAGGAAGAAGAGUGGAAGGCCACUGGGUUCUUGGCAUUAUUGAGGACGGUAGUGAGGAUCUCCGCCUAGAAGUAUGUCGAGACAACAUAUGUUCCGCGGAUGUGCUCAUACCUUUAAUUAACGGAGCCUAUGACUGCUUGGCUAAUUAUGGGUAUGAGCACAAAAAAGUAAACCACAGCGACCCCGACAACCCCUUUGUGGCGGAGGAUGGUACUCACACGCAAAGAAUUGAGUCCCAAUGGCACGUUGUCAAGAGAUAUUUCAAUAAAGAAAACUAUAACCACCCUGUUUGUUUUGCAGAUGUUAUAGUUGAAUAUUUGUGGAGAAAAUCUGUGAAUAAAAAUCACGAAGACCCAUUUGUUAAACUGAUCGAAGCAAUAAAAUACAGUUAUAAACCGUAAUUUUGGCUUU